UGGUAUCUCUAUUUAGCAUAAUUUAGACAACCAUGCGUAAAUGUUACCGGAUAUGUCAUAUUGAAUAUUUGACUUUAUAAUAGCCAACUUUUACAUGGAAUCGCUUGUCGCUCGGUGCUGGUCAAACGUUGUUAUAUAGGAAAUAAACAGCUAUAAUCAAAUAUCAUAAGAAAACUAUAACUGUUAUACAUAUUCGUGUAAAUGGCAACACUAUCGCAUUAAUUAGUGUAACAACAGCUCCUGCAGUAUUGCCAUGACUACGAAAAUGUAUACAAUCAAACGGAAUUGCACUUUUGUAACGCUCAGGAAGCAGAUCCGUAUAAUAAAAGUUGGUAUCAAUAAGUAAAAACUAGUAUUUUAUUCUUUAAAUAACUCUCUGCCAUGCCUGACUCACCCACUACGGCCAGUUAUUUCAAUAUCUUCAUUACUGGACAAUUGGAAGCAAUGGAAUUUCCACUAGGCCCAAAUGCAGCAGAAGUGUUUUGUCGCUAUGAAAUUGUGUACGGCCCGGAUUGGGAGUUGGUAUCCGGUGUACAAAGUGGCAUUUCACAAACGGCAUCGAAUAAGAGUGGCUACUUUAAAGAUAAAAUAAUAUUCAACUUUCCAUUAGAAUGGACGUUUAAGAGUACAACACCUUUUGGUUGGCCACAAUUGAUCGUUUGCAUAUAUGGCAAAACACGUUGGGGUGUGGAAACAUCAUUGGGUUAUGGUCGUAUAAAUUUGCCGGUAUUUGGUUCGGAUGCCAACAACCCAAUAGUCGCCCCUAUACUUUGUCCGCUAAACAGCAAUAUGGUGUCGGAGCUUGCCAGUUGGAUAACUGGUCGUAAUCCAGAAUUAAAAGACCCAAAGUCUUUAUUGAGCAGUGGCAAAUUGAAAGAAAUCUUUCAGGCAUUCCGGCGGAGUCUUACGGCGAGGUCAUCUUCAAACUAGCAACUAUAUUAAGAGGUACCGAUCGGUUAGGUUAUGAUUGGGGUUAAAGCUGUUGAACUAAAGCUAUUUUUAAGAUAACUUUGUAUUUUAUUAAAAUAUGCAAACUGCUACUAAAUAGUGUACAACGCCACCCUUAUGUUUUUUAUUCGUCUAUACUCGUUUUUUUUUUUUACAUUAAAUAAAAUACGAGUUUUAACUUUUUGCAAUCCAUUUAUUUUUAUUUAUUUAUUUCUUUCAAUUAUAAAAGCUAAAAUAAAAAUAUAAAAAUAACAAAAAAUAAAAAUGUUUCAUUUGCAACACUGUUUUUGACGCCUGCAUUGACAUACCUGUAAAAAAAAAAGAUAUGAAAAGCAUUAGUAUUUGUUAUCAAGUAGAGUUUAAAAAAAUAAUUUUUUUUUUUUGAUCAGCAAAUUUUAAAAUCAUCAACAUGAAAUUAUGUCGGGAAAAGAAGACAAUAUGUAAAAAAAUAUCAUCAUUUGGUGUUUAUACCUAAUAAGCAAUAACCGAUUCGAAACAUAACUUUUUUUAACACAAUGACGUACAGCAGAAAUAAGUGAAGUUCGAAAAUUAACACUAUAUGCUUUUGUAAUUAUUAGAAUAGUCCGUCCGUAAGCUUUCUCAGUUAUGUUUCAAAUAGUAAUUAUGAUUCGAUAUAACUUGUAUGUUUUUCUCACCUGUUACAAUGGUUUCUAAACGUUUAAUUUCCUAACCAUAAAUAUGGCGGCGAACAUUUUGUUACACGAUUGAAA